AUGAAUCCCCCCGUGCGUGUCGCGAUUCAGGGCGCCUACCUCGUCGCCAUUUUCUUUACAGGAGUGACUUUCGGGGCGCUAUCGCUUGUAUUUAAGGAAUUAACAGAGGGGCUUGGCUGUCUUCUAGGCGGAUUCUGCAGCAGCAUGUGGCUUCUCUCCCUUAAGCCAGGCGGCCUUCUCACACAGACGGAUUCCAAAAGCGGGUUCAUCGGCGCUAUCUCAGUCGCAUUUUACGCCCUGUCAUUUAGCCACUACACCAGACCCUAUGGACUCAUGGUGUCGACUGGUAUUUCUGGAGGUACAGCUGUUGCAUUAGGGAUCGACUGCUUUAGUCGCGCCGGUUGGAAGGAGUUCUGGCUUUACAUUUGGGCUCUGAAUGACGACAUCUUUCCUUUGGGUACAAGUACCUACCCUGUGACUCGUAAUAUUAAAGUUGAGCUUGCCGCUACAGUCAUUAUUGCCGUCCUAGGUGUGAUCUCACAACUCAGGUUAUGGAAAGUAAUCCGACAGAGAAGGCAGAAAGAGAAUGAGGUUCGCGAAAAAGAGCUGAAAGAAAAUGAGGAGGCGGAGCUCGAGAUCGGGCGAAGGUUUGAAGAGAAGAAUAUGGAAGAGCGGUUAGAGUGGGAGGCCAGGCAUGGCAAUCCCGAUUCCGGUAUUCCAGAACUUGCAGACAAUUCGAAGAACGGAUGUCCUGCAGAUCACGCCGUUGAAGUGGAGAAAGGCGGUACACUUGACACGUCAAGUGUUGCAAGCUCUACUCAGGAGUCCUAUCGUUGCUCUGAUUGCUUAGAGAGGCGAGCGAAUGGUGAAUCUGCUUAUGCUGCUUCACACGCGAGUGAGGACAGUGGAGAUUCUCAGAGUCGACAACUAGAAGAUUCCACGGUGGGAGUCGAUACAGAAGACCAAGACUCCUCUACCGCUAGGGGAAAGGUCCCGCUCAAGGUGUUCGAUGGGGCAGCUGCAGCCAACAUCAAAGAUGACAACAGUUCAGAUAUGACAGCUAUCGUUGGAUCCGAAGCCGGAACAAUAAGAUCCAAGCGGCUUUCCGGCAGAGACUUGUUGGACAAGUUAUCUGCGAAAAAUAGCGCAAGGCUUAUGUCUCAAUCACAAGAAGCACUGGUCUCCUGCGAUGGUUCAUCUGUGCAAGACACCAUAGACGGGAGCUCUACCUCCGCCUCUGAUAGUCACAGCAAUGUGGAGGGAAAUAAUGUGGAAGAAGAAGAUGGGCCUGCAUCUAAUCCGGAAGAUGCCCCUGACCCCUCUGCUAUACAGGAAGCUAAUGGUAAGGAGACAUCCAGGUCUGAGAAAGAGGUUGAAAAAAGCGUCGGGGCGCCUAGCGUCUAUUCGCGGGGGGUGGACGAGCAAAAGUUCGGUGAAGUGGAACGAGAGAGGGAGGAGAAGCAAGAGAGUGCCCCAACAAAAGAAAGAGCUAGCGAGCGCCGCCCAUCACUAUCAUCGGCCCUGGAGAAGGAGAUGCCCGAGCCAAAACGUGGCGAGCAGUCCACAGAAAUGCCUCAAGAAACUGGAGUAACAGCCGAAACAACAGGGUCAGCAGACCAGAACGAUGGCAAGCCACAGGUCGUUGGGUCCAAUGUGAAUGGCUCGGUUCCAGACGAUCAAGUUGAAAAGCCAGUCGAAGUCAGCCAAUCAAGGGGGUCUUCGUCCAAGGGAUCCUCUCCAAAAACUAAGAAACCUGCCCCUGUCAAGCAGAGAUCUUCGAAGUCAGGAUCUGAAACCAAGACCAAGCCUAGGAAAGAAUCACCCCCGCGGCUGGAUAUAGAAACUGUAAAACGACUUCCACAACGAACAUCAAGGGUAGUACAAUCCUAUCGAACGAACGAGUGGGCUAAGCAUUUGGACGAUGCGGAAGCUCCCGAACCUGAACCGAUCGAGCCAGCCGAAGAGGAACACGAAGUCCCUGAUGAAGUUAAAGAGGCCGCUGCACCUGUCAAAGUAGAAGAACUACUGCAAACACCUUUGAAUGCGCAGCCACCGCCAGCUGUCGAGAGGCGUGUCUCUAUCGUCGAGCCGCCGGUUAUAAAUGAAACUAGCCAGAUGGCCAAUGACUCUCAGUUGCAGAUCAGCUCUCGAACGCAUAAGAGAGCAGCUUCCGGUCCAGCCGUCUUCCCGGAAACUAAAAUUGCUCAUGCUGCGCGUCCAGAAACCCAAGGCCAACCAGUUCAGGGAGUUCCUGAUGCUGUCAAUAUGUACGACGCUGUACCUCCUACAGUCGAUCCAGGGGUACAGCAGCGUGAAGAGGUCGAGGUUGCUAGACCUCAGUGGAAAGGGCCGCCCCCUCUCAUCGCAGUGCGCGAGGGCAUGAUGCGAAACAGGUUGUCGUCUAUCUCGCUCAGUGCUGACCCCUGGCCCUCGAGGUUCGCCCAAGGAGCCGAGGUUUCGCCCCGACAAUCAACUUUCCCCAUUCCUGAAGAAGCAGACGACAUGCCUCUAUCCCGACGUCGCACAAUGCUACAUCAGCAGAUGGCUGUGCAGUCUACUGUAAGCCAAGCUCCCACGAGAAGGAGUACACCAAGCCCACUUAACACCCCAAGUUCCUUGGCGGCAUGGCGGGAAUCUGUACGAGAAAAUGUACAUGACAGGCGAAGUCGGGCAGCCCAGAAGCCUCCGAUGACUAGCCAAGGGACGGGUGAACGGAAUCCAACCUCUUCCAGGAAGCUGCGGGGAAGAGCCUCGUCAGUCAAAGUUGAAAAUGCUAUUGCGGAAGGCAUGCAGCGAGGAGACAUGACAGACUUGCAUCGAGAAGCCUUGCGACGGAUGCAAGCCAUGGCCAAUCGAAAUGUAAAUGGCAAGUAA